UGGAUCGACAGGUAAAUAAUCGAUGCAAAUCGCUCGACUGGACUGGACUACUGAACCGGCCACCCACCUAACAAUGCAGCGUCCAUCCCAGCCAACCGAUUCAAUUAAUUCCACCGGACCACCAUCGCCGCCGCUAUGAUCUCUCGAUGCGCAUGCAGUACAAUAGCUCGUUGCUACACCAGUGUGGACCCGGCCAUCUUGCGUGGAGCUCUACCAUUGGUAGCCUUCUGUUUAUCAUGCAGAGGCAUUUUCCUCUUUCACAGAGCUGAGGGCAUCAUCCAUGUUGGCCAUCGCGCGACGCCCAGCCCCUCAAUUGACUUUCAGCUGUCCUGCGGAAAUUCGGAGGCUGGGGAGCAAGGAUCAGCAAGCCACUUUCGAACCGGGGCGCCGCUGAAUCACGUGCGAAUACUGUGUUUGUUGACAUGCUUCGGAGGCUUCAUGCAUCCCGAGGUCUGGCUCCAGAUCGGGUUGGCCGGAAUCGUCCUCCCAUUGAUCGAUGAUUGCUGCACUGCUGACAUGCGUGAGCGUGAACCUUGCUUGGCUGCGUUGUCGCGUCGUGCAACUCGCAGCCGAACGUUUGUGACAGUAGAACGCGUCAUCUACAACCACCCACUCCAUGAACUCAAUCGGCGUGGCUCGGUCUCCAUCCCAGUAAAUACUUGUAGACUCAGUUCUUUGUGGUGUGCCAUGGUGGGAGUCCAAAUAAGUAGAUGUAUCCAGUGGUGCGGAUAAGAACAAAUACCAUGGUUGGGAUCUGCUUCGAACCGUAU